AUGGCCUCAGCAGGGGCCGAGAGGCGGUCUGGGCCCCAGGAGGGGUCCACCCUGGGGUCGGCACUGAUAGUGGAGGCACCAGCUGGCUGUGUUCAGAGCUCCGAGAUAGAGUGUCCAGUGUCUCGAGACCAGCGUGUGGUGCCAGCCUACAAAACCUGCCUGAGCCAGGAGGCCAAGGAGUGUCCAGCAGUGCCGGUACCCAGGCCAGAGGUCCGGGCCGAGCAGCUCAAGCCCAAGACGGAGGGCCCCGAGGGGAGAGGUCUCAGGGCCCUGGCUUCUGUUGUGAGGCAGGGCCAAGGUCUGAAGAGGAAGCCGGUCAAGGCCGAAGUGGAGCUGCCAUCGGGGCUGCUGCUGCUGCAGAAGGAUGAGUCAGCAAGGAGCCCGGGCGAGCCCUCGCCAUCCUCAUCGGCCAAGCAGCACAAGAAAACCAAGAAACGCAAGAGUCUGGGGCCCCCAGCGCUCUUGGCCACAGUCAGCACACUGCCUGCUCCCGCAGAGGCCUUGGGGCUGGAGCGAAGGGCCCAGCGCCUGCGGCCUCUGUACCAGUACAUCAACUACUGCAAUCCUGAGCUGAACCAAGCAGGGAAAGAGGACAGGGAGGCUGGGGCUGGGCCCGGGCCCGAGCCUGAGCUGAAGGCGGCCCUGGCCCCUGAGGAGGCAGAUGUGGAACACAUGCAGGCCUUACUGCCCGUGGCAGGUGAGACAGGCUCAGGCCCCGCUUUACCCUGCCCCCAAAUGUUAGUGCCCCCCACCCACAUGCUGGCUCCCCUGGCAGAGGAUGCUGGAGAGGAGGCAGGUUUUCUGCCUGACUUGGGGGUCAGUGGGCAGCUCAAGGCCGAGAUGGAUAAGUCCACUCAAGUGGACAUCAGCAAGAUGCUGAGGGUCUGUGCCGCCCCUCUCGUACCCCCACUGUCUCCUCAGUACAAGUGACUGUCCGCCUCCCCUGUGGCUCCCCGUCCCCCUGCUCCUCCUAGGCCUUCAGGUAGCAGUGGGGUUAUGUGGCCCUGGUCCCUGCUUGCUGGGACCUUGGGCUUGCUGACAAUAAAGCUUUUCAUUUGCUUAGA